GACACGAGAACUCGAUAGCACCGAGAGAGGGAUGAGCUUCGUCCCUCGGCCAUGGAGGAGAUCUCGGCUUCCUUCCCUUCGCUCUCCAAUGGCGAACGAGGUCCGCCUCCCGAGACUCACUUCUAGGAGGCUGCUCCGGCUUCUCCCAGUGCUGGUCCUCCUCGCCCUCGUUCCUCCCAUCUUCUUCCACUUCCGUCUUCGCCGAUUCAAUCAGAUGCGAUCUCGGAAGUGCGGAUGGCUGGAGAACCCUCCACUUGUGUGCGCUCAUGGUGGUGAUUCAAGCAAGGCUUUUCCCAACACUAUGGAUGCAUAUCGAUUUGCCAUUGAUUCUCACGUAGAUUGCAUUGAGAUAGAUAUAUCUCGAUCUUCUGAUGGAGUAUUGCUUGCUCUCCAUGACAGGGAUCUGCAGAGGAUAUCUGGUAAUGAUACAGCAAAAGUUGGCUACAUGAGUGUUGAUGAGAUAAAGAAAUUAAAUUCUGGCUUUCAGACAAGACAUGAGUCUACCAAGCACAAGGUUCUGGCUGCUAGAGACGCUUUAGAGUUGGUAUCAAAGUCGGUCAGGCAGGUGAUCCUUGAUGUCAAAGUUGGGCCUCCAUCCUAUGAGAAAGGCUUAGCAACAGACAUACUCUCUCUUGUUCAGAAAACGAAUUGCAGAAACUGUGUUGUUUGGGCAAAAAGUGAUAUAAUAGGAAGAGAUGUGAUCAGGUUGUCACCUGAUAUUUCGGUCGGGUACAUCGUCAUGGAGGACCCUUCAACUGGUGCAAAAAGCCGCAUACUUAGAAUGAGAGGUGCUAAUAUCGUCGGGGUUUAUCACCCUCUGAUCGACAAGAAACUUGUUCGCACCUUGCAUAGACAGAAUAAAAAAGUGUACGCCUGGACUGUCGACGACAUGGACUCAAUGCGGAAAAUGUUAUUCGAACAUGUCGAUGCCAUUGUUACAGGUCAGCCUUCUCUUCUGCAAGGCCUAAUGCAGAACAUGAAAACAGAAUGCCUGGAGGAAGGUUUCCUUUUGCCCUGAUAAAAUUAGGUGAUUAUUCUCUGAAUUAUCAACAUUAUUAUUAAUUAAGCCAAUUCAAAGCUAACUACACGCCAUUUUAUAAUUCCCUACUCAUGUUUCUUAUAUGUUUUUAUUAGUUUCAGCAGUAAUUAUAUCCAUUGAUUGAGAUCAAAAUUCAUAGAUGUCAUCUGUGUGACAUGGAUAAACAUUGUAUUAGUUACAGGAUUAGUGAUACAUAUGUAUUUUAGUAAAGUUAAUUAAAGUUUGUUGUAUUUAUUAUUUUUUAAAAGAUAGGCGGUUGCCCCCACUAAAACUUGAAAUGUCCAUUAUGCCUUUUAGAGUCAUUAUUGUAUUUAUAGUUACAAACA